CUAUUGUUAAAUUGCUAUUGGACAAUUUUAACACGUGAGGUUACGCCUCAAACUUGUUCGUUCUUUUUUGCUUCCUUGGUUGAUAAAAUAAACGCGCAGGUCGUGGUUAAAGCACACGAAUUAUUUGAUACAGUGGUGGGGAUUACAGCCAUGAUGUGUAGUAUGCUUUGGAGAAUGAAGUAGAGUGGGAGUGACGCGGGUUUGUAAGCAGUGUACCGGUAGAUGAUGCUUGUACGGGAAUGCACGCGGUCAGAAACUUGUAGAAACUUGACGGAGAAGUAGCAGAGAGUCGCGCUCGCAAGAAAUGAAAAAUCAAAAAGAUUUGAAACACUUUUGGAUACUCUUAUAUACUAUCGCGAGUGAUUUAUUAUUUUUUAACAAUCAAUCAACGACGAGACGAAUUUGAAAAUUUUUUUAAAAAUCGCGCUGUUAUUUAAAAUCAGUUUGUCGCGUCUUUACCGACGUAAGCUGCAAACUUGAGCUAUUUAUUUGAUCCGUAUGGCUCUCUAGUUUAUUUUCAUAAUCUGUGGUGUGAGAGGAAGUCUGAGAGAGUAAGAAAAUCUUUAAGAGAGCGUCGAGAGGCAGCACAUCGUGUGCCUCGAGGCAUCGCGGCGCGAAGAAAAUACCGGGAGAUUUAUCCCGAAGUGUCUUUGAGAGGAGAGUGAAGAAGGUCUAUAAAGAAAAACGAUUUUCCUCUCAAAAAAUCGCGAGUGUGGUAAAAGUUUGUGUGUUUAACGAUCUCGAAAGUUUUCGAGAUUCGAGAUAUUUAGUGUCAGCGAUUUUCUGGAGUCACAAGGAAGAUGGGUGAUGCGGCGUUGAAAAUAAUGGGACUCAGAUUAUCUGAUCCUGUUGUCGUCAGUGCAUUAGGACUUGGUGCAUUGGUAAUAUUCAUCGGUUUCAUCAUUGGACGACGUUCCAGAGGCAAUAAAAUUAAAAAUGGGACCAAGUGUUCAAAUGACGACAAAGUUCAGGAGAUAAAGAGUGUCGAACGAGCAGUUGCAGCAGUAACAGCAAACAGUAAACGUGCGAAAAAUAAAAAACGUCGUGAAGUUCAACAAGAAUUUACACACUCGUGGAUAGUUGGGACUCUUAAGGGACAUACAGGACCUGUGUUGGAAAUGGAUUUCUCCAGUGACGACAAAUUUCUUGCGAGCUGUGCUGAAGAUUGCAGCCGAUUCCGGAGACAGAGACAACGAGGUUCCAUCGAAAUUGGAGUUGCUGAAUACCAAAAUGACAUCGAUCGGACUAGCACCACAGGUACUACUGGAAGUGAUGUUACUGAUGAUUCACCAAGUAGUCCUGAUUCAUCAAAUGUUCCUAAGUCAUCACAGACGGUUAAAACGCUGAUUAACACUGACGAAAAUCUCUCAAAUGCAUCAGGAUCAUCAUCACCUGCAAUGACAGAUGCAGACUUUAUCAACUUGACACGUCGUCAACGAAAAAAUCGUCGAUCAUCUCGUGAGUCCACUCAUUGCAGAGACAGUAAUGAGAGCACUGAAGAUUGUAUACGUACACGAAGAAUUUGGCAUCGUAGUCAUGAAGGAACCAGCAGCAAGCUUGUUUAUCAGCAUAAACAACGUCGUAAUGUUCAACCACCUAGUAUGACAAGAGCAUGUACAAACCAAGGAUCCAACCUGGCCAACCAGAAUGUGCAGAAACCUGAAAAAAAAAAAUCACCAACUGAUCCACCUCAAUCCAGUUAUAACAUGAUAGCAAAAGCCGACAAUCAAUUGAUUAUUUUACAUGUGAAUCUUAAUACAUCUAUUAAUGGGGCUUACAAUGUAGAAUCAUUUGAUAAUUAUGAGAGUGUAACUGAUAAUCUUCUUCGAGAAGCACUUCCUCAUUAUGUCAUUCAUCCAUAUCAUUUGGUACAUCUUGGGUAUCCAGUGUUGGGAGGAGGAGCAGGUAAACUUGCUUUUUUUCUUCGGGAGUCACAUUUUCCACACCCUCCACGCCCUCAGCGAACUCAUCAUCAAUUGGAUGCUAACGCACAAGAGUUUGUCCCGAAGCGUAGAAGAGCUCCAGAAAAUACAGAGGAUGGUAAUGAAGCAUCGACUACAACAGUGGUGCCACCAACACCACAAGGAGAAGAGGUAGUAGCAGCAUUACCAUCAUCGCAGCAACGGUCAGAUCGUGACAAUGACAGUGGUAGAGGUUCGGCUGAAAACUCAGAUCUGGAUGGUGAGAGCUCAUCCGACAGUGAGAAGACUUCUGACACAAACGAGUCGAACUCAUGGUUACCGUCGUCAUCUUCAUCGACAUCAUCUUCUCCUCCUCCUUCUUUAGUAUCAACAUCCAUCAAAGAACGUGAAUGUGCUCGGUGCUACAAACCUUUCUUGACCGAUAACAAUGGUGAUUACAUUACUAAAGAUCCAUGUCUUCACCAUUGGGGAAAGAAAAGAUGGAAUGAGAUAGAUCGUCGUAGAUACUAUACCUGUUGUAACCGUUUCGAAUUUUCGUCAGGAUGUACAGUAGCACCGAGACAUGUCUGGUCUGGUGCGCAUAUUGGAUGCAAUGGACCUUUUGAAGGAUUCGUGGUAACCCAGCCUGCAAAAGUUCCACUUUUUAAAAUAUACGCAUUGGACUGCGAAAUGUGCUACACCAAGUUUGGUCUGGAAUUAACAAAAGUUACAGUAAUUGGAUUGGAUGGAGAAAUAGUUUAUAAUACUUAUGUUAAACCACAUAAUGAAAUUAUUGACUACAAUACUCGCUUCAGUGGAAUUACUGCUGACCAUCUUAAAAAUUGCACCACCACUUUACAAGAUGUUCAAGCUAGACUUUUAACAUUUAUUACGACUGAAACAAUUCUCAUGGGACAUGCCUUAGAAAAUGAUCUAAGAGUUCUCAAAAUCGUUCAUCCAACUAUUGUUGACACAUGUCAUGCAUUUGAUAACACAGGUAACAUGUUAAAGACUAGUUUGAAAAUGUUGGCCCAAACCAAGCUUGGUCGUCAAAUCCAAGUUGCGGAGCACGACUCUGUUGAAGACGCCAAGACUGUUAUUGACUUGAUGAGAUACCAAGUGUGGGAGGAUUUCUACAAAGCGCCAGAGAAACCUGUAGAAUUCAAUAGUGUUAGAAGUGUAGUUUAAGUGAAAUCUGUGAUACAUUACAUAUGUACAGUAACGUGACUAUCUGAUUAUGUAUGUAUGCCCACCUAUACUAUCUACACAUCAGCGAUAAAUUAUCGUAAGUGUUAUAUCAUCACUUGGUCACAGUAUUCCAUGUCUGAACAAUUAAUUGAUUCAUAUCUUGACUGUUAAUCAUUAUAAUAAUUUCAUCUACUUCAUUUUUUCUCUUCAUUCAUUCAGUUCAGUGAGACUAUUAAGAGAGAAUUUAUAAAAGCUUCAUUUAUUGUGUGAUGAUUAUUAAAAGUAGAUUUUAGAUUUAUUGUACAUUGUACAAAUUUGCAUUAUAAGUAUACAAAAAAUAACUUUAACGAAAAACAAAUGCGAACAUUAAUCAUUCAUUUGACAUCAGUAGCAUCGACAUAAGAAUGUAUUGAUUCAAGUGCAUUCAUAGGAUACGUACCUGUAUAAAUACACUCGAAAACACGAAUUCAUUUUAAUAUUAAAUUAAUCAUUUCAUUUAAAAUAUCAAUGUUGUCAUUAUCUCAUAAUGUUUGAUUAAGGGAGUAAAUCCCUUUAUUAUUUUAACGGCUGUGCGCUUCCUUGAAUCUCAUUUCACAAUUAUUUAAAUGAAAAUCGUUUAAGAAUUAUAAUGUGUUGGUACAUAUCAUGUAUUGAUUUCUCUUUCUCUCUUUUCUUUUAUCUAAUUAUUUAUGUACAGGAUGUCAAUUUUGAUAAUGACAAUUCCACCGAUUAUUAUAAUGUCAAUACUUGAAAGUAUCGGGAUUUUGGUAUGAAUUAUCAAAUCCUAGCCUUUGCUGGAUACUUAUCGAAUAAUAAGUAUCUUUUAAACUGCCAAUUUAUAAUAUAAGGAUUUUUCCUUAAAUAUAAUGUAAUAGAUAUCAAGAUAAUAUUUUUUAUAUUAAUGGAAUAUUUAUUUUUAUAAUAAAUCGAAGAAAUUAAAUAAAAAAAAA